AUGAUGCCGCCGGAGCGCAGCUACUCCCAAGUUCCCAAAGGAUUGAUGGAGCUGCUAGGGGCGCGCGCCGCCGAGAUGGGCGUGGAGAGGGACGAGGCGCGCGCCGCCGAGCUGUACACAAAGGCCACCGAGCAGGGCGACGCAAGGGGGCAGUGCUCUCCGGGUGUGUGCUACGAGGCGUGUACCACGGGAACGGCACGGGCAUUGAGAGCCGAGGCGCGCGCCGCCGAGCUGUAUGCCCAAGCCGCCGAGCAGGGGCUCGAAGUGGCGCAGUGCAACAUGGGUUGGUGCUACGCUAAUGGCACGGGCGUGGAGAAGGAUGCAACGCUUGCCGCCGAGCUGUACGAGAAAACCGCAGAUCAGGGGGUGUCGCCAGCGCAGUGCAACCUGAGGGAGCUGUAUGCCGAAGGGUUGGGAGUACGACAGGAAUGGGCUGCGGCUUUCCGGCUCUUCGAGUCUGCGGCCAAGGAUGUGGAGGCGUUGUCGUCGCGAGUCUUUCUUGCAUGGCUGCUCUGGUACUGA